AUGCCCGCCAGCACGCGCCCGUGCAGCUUGCCGCCACAGCGGCACCGGCCGUCUCCUCCAGAAGCAGAGAGGGCGCUGCCGGCACGACAACGGUCGCCAGUGGGCGGUCAGGCCUGGCCCAUGGCCAUCGGCGCGCCGCCGACCCGGCGGCGACAGCCUGCAACGCCAGCGCCAGCUUUGAAGUGCGACGCUUACGAGGCUCCAGUGCUGGGAGACCUGCCUCAUGAGUUGCAAGGUAGUGGCGUGUCCUACUACCCGCGACCAAGGCGGGCGCGAAGCCGAAGCAAAUCUCGGCGGCGAGCCCAGGUUGGCGACGAGGCGAAG